AUGCUGUCGAGGAAAAUGGAUAUUUGUUAUGUUAUAUUCCCGUUGUUAUUAAUCGUUUCUUGCGGUUUCGAUAUUGCAACAGGAUUGAAAUGUUACUGCUCUGAUUGUUUGGAUGGUACAUGUGACGCUGGUGAUGGAGGACGAUGUGUUACAUCAAUCACAAAGAUGGGUGGCACUCGAGAGGACAAGAUCAGCUACAGAUGUCUCACAGAGGCAAAGAUCCCCAUCCGAGUCCAGAACGGAAAGAUGCAGGGUGAUACUCCCCAUUGUAUGGUGUCUGCCAUUAAAAAGCAUGAAAGCCAUAUAAUCUGCUGUUCGGGUCCAGACUUAUGUAACCAAUACCUGAAGCCAACCUAUGCACCUGCUACAACAUUCAUCCCUGGAGAUGAUAAUUCAGAAACCAAGUUGCAGUUUGGUACAGCGGAGCUUGUCAUUCUCAUUGCGUGUCCUGUCCUCAUUGUGUCCAUCCUCUUCAUGGUCCUAUUCUUUGCUUAUCAUCAGUGCCAGCGAAAUCGCCAUGGAUACCAGAUGCCUAAUGACGCAUCCCAAGAGACCAUGCCAUUUGUGCAGCAGGGUCAGUCUAGCAGUACGCUGCGAGAAAUGAUGUAUGAGUAUUCUGGUUCUGGAUCAGGUCUACCAUUACUGGUACAGCGGACAAUUGCCCGACAGAUCCAGGUGAGGGAGACCAUUGGUAAAGGUCGAUACGGAGAAGUGUAUCGAGGUCGCUGGCGAGGGGAGAAUGUAGCUGUGAAGAUCUUUCCCUCCAGAGAGGAACGGUCGUGGUUCAGGGAAGCCGAGAUCUAUCAAACUGUUAUGUUACGACACGAAAACAUUCUAGGUUUUAUAGCAGCUGACAACAAAGAUAAUGGAACCUGGACCCAGUUGUGGCUCAUUACCGACUACCAUGAGAACGGCUCACUGUUUGAUUACCUCAACCGCACUGUAGUUAGCAUCUCUGGCAUGUUGAAGCUUUCUCUGUCUGCAUCCUGUGGCCUAGCUCACCUACACAUGGAGAUCAUAGGAACAGAAGUACAUGCAGGAAAGCCGGCAAUAGCCCAUAGGGAUCUUAAAAGUAAAAACAUUCUCGUGAAAAACAAUGGUACCUGUUGUAUAGCUGAUCUAGGAUUGGCUGUGAGACAUGAUAUUGCUACCGACUCUGUUGAUAUUGCCCCUAACAACCGAGUGGGAACCAAGAGAUACAUGGCACCUGAAGUCUUGGAUGAAUCUAUCAAUAUGACUCACUUUGAGUCUUUCAAGCGUGCAGAUGUUUAUGCCUUUGGUCUUGUUUUGUGGGAAAUCACAAGAAGAUGUUCUUUGGGAGGUAUUGUAGAGGAAUACCAGCUGCCAUUCUAUGACCUCGUUCCUUCUGACCCAAGUCUGGAGGAGAUGAGGAAGGUUGUGUGUGACGACAAACAUCGUCCAGCAAUCCCCAACCGCUGGCACUCCCAUGAGUCACUGAGAGUGAUGGCACGCCUGAUGAAGGAAUGUUGGUACCAUAAUGCUGCCGCUCGACUCACAACACUCCGUAUCAAAAAGACUCUAGCCAGCAUUGCCAACCAGGAAGACAUGAAGAUUUAGGAUAAUAUGUGAUAAUUCCCGUGUGAUAAGGGGAGAUAAUUCUGAUAUGGACAGCUUAUUAUCUCCCUUCUUGAAAUUUAAAAGAAGGGAAUGUGACUGAUAAAGGACAGUUUUGGUUUUCCCUGAUCUUAUUUAUAAAAAGGGCACAUGUCGGAAUGUGUUAUACCAAUGUGGCAUUGAUAAUGUGGCAAUCAGAUGGUAUGGAACUUCAUUUCUUCUGAUCUUUAAGCAAGUCAGAAGGGAAAAAACUUAAAUGUGAAGAGCUUUAUGAACUUCCUUUGCGACAUAUCUUAAGAAAGGGAAGAAAUUCUUGAUAGACUGAUAUAUAAUCCAUGUUAUAUGUUUUCACUUGGACUGGGGAAGACAGUUGCUUUUAUUAGUUUGAAUGUGAAUGAAGCUUGUGUAUGGUAAUGUGUGUUUGAUAAUUUGUGAGAGGUGACAUGUUCGAGGAUGUCUGAAAAAGUGUGGUAUUUUAAGGAAAUGUCUGUGAGAUUGAUGCUGGUACAGUAUGUUGUUAAUUGUAAUUUCAUUUAAAUUGGUGUCUUGAAUAGAGUAAAAAAAAGAUAGCAUUUUGUCUUGGAAACUAAGAAUCAUUAGGACUCAAUUUAGGAGAUCAACAUAUUGAAUAGCCUUUUAUGCAACUUAAGGACAAAGAAAUUGAAGAUAUCAUUAGAGAAUAUCACUAAUUAUGAAAAAAGUCUUAUAACACUAAUGAUAUUUCCUAGAAAUAAUGGUUUUCUGUCACAAGAUUACAUAAUACCAUAACAUUUUGAAUCAUAUUAGAACAAGUUUUGACAACUUUGUAACAAAUCUGUCAGUGUGGAGGGCGAAAAGUUGGGCCUAUUUCAAUUGUAUUAUGUCUCAUGAUUUUAUUGAAAUUUACCUGAAUGUCCUUAAGGCUAAACUGAGUACCCAUCUGAAUGACCAAAGCAUGCUUGUCAGUGCUUAUCAUGAGCAUGAUUAUAUACAAAAAAUUUUAAACAAAUUGGAAGAUUUCUGUUUGGUUUUUUUCCAACAAAUGGGGUGAUUUCUGUUUUUUUUUUUCAGUAAAUGGGGUGAUUUCUGUUUAUUCUCUUUCCAUAGACUUUGGUUCGGAAGGAUAAUAUAAUGAAGAUGUAUACAGACUUUGGCUCUGACAAUACAUGGAUGAUUUAAACAAACUAAGGGCUAGGAUUUAUAUAGACUAAGGCUAGGAUGAUACAAUAAAGAUUUAUAUAGACUAAGGCUAGGAUGAUACAAUAAAGUUUUAUAUAGACUAGGACUGGGAUGAUACAAUAAAGAUUUAUACAGACUAGGACUGGGAUGAUACAAUAAAGAUUUAUAUAGACUAAGGCAUGGAUGAUACAAUAAAGAUUUAUACAGACUAGGACUGGGAUGAUACAAUAAAGAUUUAUACAGACUAGGACUGGGAUGAUACAAUAAAGAUUUAUACAGACUAGGACUGGAAUGAUACAAUAAAGAUUUAUACAGACUAGGACUGGGAUGAUACAAUAAAGAUUUAUACAGACUAGGACUGGGAUGAUGCAAUAAAGAUUUAUACAGACUAGGACUGGGGUGAUACACUAAAGAUUUAUACAGACCUGAGCUGGAUGGUUCAAUAAAGAUUUAACAGACCUGAACUGGGAUACAGUUAAAAACGAUUACACAAUUUAUAUAGAAUCUAAAUGCCUAUGGCAGAGAUGAUAACAUGCACAUAUAUGUAAUUAGAUGAGUCUGUAAUUUAGAGAAAUUUACUGAAGAAAAAAAAUGUGCAUGAUAACAAUUUUGAUUCGUAAUUAUGAAAUUGUUAUUAUCUUUCAUUUAGCUAAAGCAAGCAUAAAAAACUUUUACCGAACAUUUGUGAUGGAUUAAAGAUUCUACCAAUAUGACGUCACCAGCUCGAAUUGUUCAUUGCAGUAUUGUGAAUUUUCAUUUCACUGAUUUGUGUAGUACCCAGCAUAUUUACGCUUAUGUUGAUACAUACUAACCUGUUGCCUUGUGUAAGCUUUUUCUGAUGCCUGUACAGUCUCAGCAGACAACUUUUAUUUUAUUCAGUUAAAACAAAAUAUAGCGAAAACUCUGUAGGUUAUUAAUUAAACAAGAAACUUAAUCUAGAAACAUGUCUAGAAAAAUUCUUUAUCAUAAAAAGUAAGUUGAAAAACACUGUACUCAGCAGUAUGUAAUGUCACAUUAUCUUAUCUUCAUUGUCUUGUUUUGACUGCUUGUGUUAAAUGUGGUAUAAAAUUGGUUUUAUGAGUUUUUUUUUUUUUGUGAAUCAUGUGAUUUAUCAUUAAUAUUAUUCUGUAUCCUUUUAAAGAAAAUUGUUUUAAAGCAUUGACUUUUAAAAUCCUGGUUCCUCAUGAGACAUUUCUUUCACUUUGUUAUAUGUGUGCGAGAUUAUUUUAACAGUCUCUCACACUAUGUGAGCUUAUAGCUGUUGAGUCGUAAGUUGUGACGUAAAUGUUUCUCUCCCAUUCCCCCUCCUUAAGGUCUCUGAUCUAAAUACAUUUCUCCUUUUCUGUACUACAAUAUAUAUAUGUAGGUGAAGGUGUGUUGACUUGAUCUACAUUUUCCAUCACUCUCUUUAUUUUGUACAUAUGUACAUUUUUUUACCUAAAGUUUAUCCGAGAACCCGUCUGUUUGAUGGAUUAUAGUUACAAAACUUUUUGACUAAAAAAAAAACAACCAUUUCCAUGAGUGUAAAUCAGGGUUGUAACUCUUGAAAAGUUCUAGUGUAUUAAGAAUGAACAAAAUCAAAACAAGCACACUCAAAAUCAGGUCUUUUUUUUGCUUGCAUUCAUUAAAUGUGUAUCUGAUACCCAUUUGUGUCUGUCGAUAAGCCCAGGGAGCAAUAAAUAUCCCCUUGAAUGUAUGUCAACGUGGUCAGGCUUUUUGUGGCAGAGUGGUAAUUUUACUACACAGCUUUUAAGUACAUGAGUGGGCUUACAACCAUUAGCUUAUCAAUAGAUAUUUAUGAUAGUCACUUACUGAAGGGUUUAGUUCAUGAUUUUAAGAAAGUUCUACUAUAAACUCGUAGAUCUUAAAUCUCGUGGGUUUCUAAAAAUAUACACUUUUGUUGGCUCUUGAUAUUGUGGGUAAGUCUUGCUUACAAAAUCCACUUGUACUAUAAUCCAUGUCAUCAACUUUAAUCUGUUUAUUAAUUCAUGGAUAAAGAGUAAUUAAACCCCUUCGAAAAUUAAUUAUUUUACAGUCCUUAACAUAAACAACAUUCGGAAAUUAUGAAUUUGGAGAGGAACGCCAAUGCAUGUGUCUCUCUAAAAUGUUUUAACCCUUUCUUUCUGUGUAGACUUUGUGGAUAUUAUGAUCCUCUUCUGAAUUUAUCUCAAGAAGUUAUAUAUGACAGCCUGUACUUAACAUUGCCUUCUCACAGUAAUAUUCAUGAUCUGGUGUGUUGCGAAGUUCAAAUUUCCACUCAAUGUUUUCUAUAUAUUGUGUGUCAUUGUCAGAACUUUUCUCUUAUGAUGAAGAAACCUAAAAAGAUCAGAUUUCGGCUAUUUAUUCAAAUAAAUAUACGUUUGUCUUAAAAUGACCUAGGUAAACAAUUUUUUUAAUUAUUGUGUAAGCUAAUAUAUACAAGUAAGAAAUAUUAAGAAACAUUUCAGUGUUUAUUUUCCAAAAUAAAAGAAAGCACAAAGAA